CUUUUUAUCAUUCAUGCUUGGACCUUACUUGGCGGAUUAUCCGCGAUUGGAGGAGUUGCCCUUGGGCACGUCAGUACAAUUGAACCAGAUAAUUUCAACAUCACCAGCGCAUUGAAAGAUCUAGGUGUGGACAUUUUGAAAAUUCCGGCAUUGCAAUCGCUGUCUAGCAUCCAAUCCCGGUCACGCGAAAAAUCGUGCUCUAUUGCGUGUGCAAGUCUGAGCUUCCUUUUUGGAUCUAAGGUGUCAACUCAAAAUACUACUGGGUACAAUAACUUCACUGGCUCGUUCUGGUCUGUGCAGCAAGAAGAGGUCCAGCCACAUUGUGUUUUCCGGCCUGUGGUAAACACUGAAGUCAGUGCUGCAGUCUUGCUCUCCCGUCUUACUGGUUGUGAGUUUGCUGCUAGGAGCGGCGGUCAUGCUGCCUUUACGGGUGCCUCCAGCAGACCUGGUGGAAUUAGCAUCUGGUUCAGAGACAUGAACAAAGUCACUUUGAACCGUGACAAAUCUGUCGCGUCCAUCGGACCUGGAAACAACUGGCUGUCGGUUUAUUCCGCACUGGAGCCCUACGGGCUCGCUACCAUCGGAGGUCGUGCUGCUAGCAUCGGUGUUGGUGGAUUCGUUUUGGGUGGCGGCAUCUCUUAUCACUCUAACUUGUAUGGAUGGGCUUGUGAGAACGUUAAAAGCUUCGAGGUCGUCACUGCUAAUGGUUUGAUUGUUACCGCAAGUGACUCCUCUUUGUCGGACUUGUAUUGGGCUCUGCGGGGUGGCGGCAACAACUUUGGUCUUGUCACUAAAUAUAACCUUUACACCAUCCCUGCGCCGGUUAUGCGUGGCGGUGCGAGAAGCUUCCUCCGAAGCUCCGUGACUGGCUCGGAGUCUGGCUUCAGCGAAGUUACCAACGCUUUCAUCAAUGUCGUCAACAACGCCUCCGUGGAUGGCCAUGCUCAGCAAUAUGUUGCCUUCCUUCAGAUCGGCGGAAUGGACCUUGCCUCGGCUGAGCUGACCUACACAAAGAAUGUCACCGACCCGGAGAUCUUCAAGCAAUACAAAAGCAUUCCUGCAGUUUCCGACGUAACGAGUACUAAGACUCUAGUCGAGUACGUCAAGUAUCUCGAGCUUGAGAACCCGUUCGGCCUUCGUGAGGCAUACUGGCCACUCGCUUUCCAGUUUGAUGAGGAAUUCUCCAACUGGGUUGUCACACUUUUCUACUCGAUAAUUCCCCAGGUAGCCAAUGUUGCCGGCGCCCAACCCGUCCUCGUCUAUCAGGGUAUUACCGAGCCAAUGCUCAACAACAUGAAAAACCAUGGCGGCAACGCUCUCGGGCUGGAUGGUUCGAACGGCCCUGUUCAUCUUAUGCACGCGGCCUGCUGCGUAUACAAUGAGUAUAUCUACAUGAACUAUGCCAGCAUGUUCCAAGAUCCCAUCUCCAGCUAUGGAGAUUUGAACAAGGCCUUGUUGAAUAAUAUUGCGAAGAAGUAUGACCCCAAGAAGGUUUACCAAACUCUCCAGCCGGGUUACUUCAAGCUUGAUGGCGCUCCUGUUACUGGUGCGUUUUAA